AGCGGCAGCAGGAGGAGGUGGAGGAGGAGGAGGAGAUCUUCAACUUGGAGCUCCGGAGCCGGUGCUCCUCCUGGUGCGGUGCAAUCUCAGCUGUCCGCCGGACCGGUAUGCACUACCCGCGGAGGAGGAAGUGAGCCCGAACCCGAGACAGAAAGAUGCAGGCGGAGGACAUGGAGGUACCUAUCAUUAAUAACCUUAACGAUAACGGCGACAGGCAGAGGCCGAAAGGGAAAGAUGUGUUCAAGGAUCAGCAGAAGGAGUCGGAGAGCUCAAUGGAGUCUCCUAAUCUGGAGUUUGAGUAUGGAGACACAGACACACUGACUGCUGAGCUUUCAGAGCUCUACAGUUACACAGAGGAGCCGGAGUUUGCCCUGAACAGAGACUACUUUGAGGAGGACUUCAGGAGUCAUGCUCGAGGCAAGAGGUGGAUCGAGCUGACGGUGGACGAGCAGAGGGCGUACGUGAUGAGCCUGCUGGACGCGCUGGAGGUGACGGACAGGGACAAGAGGCUGAAGGUGGCCCGGGCCAUCCUCUACCUGGCUCAGGGAGUGUUCGAUGAGUGUGACACAGAGGUGGACGUGCUCCACUGGUCCAGACACAAUGUCUUCCUGCUAUACGACAUGGGCAUCUUCACGGCACUGCUGGAGCUGCUCAGCAUGGAGAUAGAUAACAACCAGGCAUGCAGCAGCGCAGUGAGGAAGCCUGCCAUCUCUCUCGCAGACAGCACCGAGCUCAGAGUGCUACUGAGCAUCAUGUACCUGAUGGUGGAGACCGUCAGAGUUCAAACGGAGGACGACAGACCUGAGUGGAGAGUCGCCAGAGAGGCCUUCAAGAAUGAGCUAGGUUCACCUCUGUACAAUGGCGAGCCCUUCGCCCUGCUCCUCUUCACCAUGGUGACCAAGUUCUGCAGCAUGAACGCCCCGCACUUCCCCAUGAAGAAAGUGCUGCUGCUGCUUUGGAAGACAAUACUGUUCACCUUGGGGGGUUUCGAGGAGCUCCAGGAGAUGAAAGUGCGGGGCCGGGAGCGCCUGAACCUGCCCCCGCUGCCAGAGGACAGCAUCAAGGUGGUCAGGGCGAUGAGAGCCGCCUCGCCCCCGGCCUCGGCCAUGGAGCUUAUUGAACAGCAGCAGCAGCAGAAGAGAGGCCGUCGCAGCCGCAGGAGUGCCUUUGUUGAUAGCUUGGAAGGAGACAGUCCCUUUCCCAAGAAGCAGCCCCUAGUCAAACAGGACAGCCUGGACACCUACAACGAGCGGGACCCCUUCAAGAACGAUGACGCCCGGGACGAGGAGGAGGACCCCGAGGACACGGACAGCGGCAUCGAGGGCGAGGUGGACCCCUUGGACCGGGACGUCAUCAUCCAGCCGCCGCCUCCGCCGCCUCCUCUCAGACCCCCUACGGAACGGGUCAACUUCCCUAAGGGCCUCCCCUGGGCCCCUAAAGUCAGAGAGAAGGACAUCGAGCACUUCCUGGAGACCAGCAGGAACAAGUUCAUCGGGUUCACUCUGGGGAAUGAUAUAGAGACUCUGGUGGGCUUGCCCAGACCUAUUCAUGAGAGCGUCAAGACUCUUAAACAGCACAAAUAUGUGUCCAUCGCCGAGGUCCAGAUCAAAAGGGAGGACGAGCUGCAACAGUGUCCUCUGACCCUGGGCGAGGAGGAGGUAGAGGACACGCCGACAGAGAUGCUGUACCUGGGCAUGCUUCCUAACCUCUCCCAGUACGUGAUUGCCCUCCUGAAGCUGCUGCUGGCUGCAGCUCCAACCUCCAAAGCCAAAACCGACUCCAUUAACAUCUUAGCUGAUGUGCUGCCCGAGGAGAUGCCUAUCACAGUCCUCCAGAGCAUGAAGCUGGGAAUCGAUGUGAACCGCCACAAGGAAAUCAUCGUCAAGGCCAUCUCUGCUCUGCUGCUGCUGCUCCUCAAGCACUUCAAACUCAACCAUGUUUAUCAGUUCGAGAUCGUCUCCCAGCACCUGGUGUUUGCCAACUGUAUCCCACUCAUCCUCAAGUUCUUCAAUCAGAACAUCAUGUCCUACAUCAGUGCCAAAAACAGUAUAUGUGUGCUGGACUUUCCUCACUGUGUGGUCCACGAGAUGCCCGAGCUCACAGCCGAGAGCCUGGAAGCUGGAGACAGCAACCAGUUCUGCUGGAGGAACCUGUUCUCUUGCAUCAAUCUGCUGAGAAUAUUAAACAAGCUGACCAAGUGGAAACACUCCAGGACGAUGAUGCUGGUGGUGUUCAAGUCUGCUCCCAUCCUGAAGAGAGCUCUGAAGGUGAAGCAGGCCAUGAUGCAGCUCUACGUCCUCAAGCUGCUCAAGAUCCAGACCAAGUACCUGGGCCGCCAGUGGAGGAAGAGCAACAUGAAGACCAUGUCGGCCAUCUACCAGAAGGUCCGCCACAGGCUCAACGACGACUGGGCCUACGGAAACGACAUUGACGCGCGGCCCUGGGACUUCCAGGCGGAGGAGUGCGCCCUGCGGGAGAGCAUCGAGAAGUUCAACAGCCGCCGCUACGACAAGAACAAGAACGGGGACUUCACGCCAGUGGACAACUGUCUGCAGAGCGUGCUGGGCCAGCGCGUGGAGCUGCCCGAGGACUUCCACUACAGCUACGAGAUGUGGCUGGAGAGAGAGGUCUUCUCCCAGCCCAUCCAGUGGGAGGGGCUGCUGCAGAAUCCGUGAUGAGGUGGAGGGGGGUUAUGAUGGGGGGGUUGGGGUGGGGUGGUUGGAGAGGUCACACACGAGCCUGUUGGAGUGGUUUUAGGGUGUGUUUUUAGGGGAGCCAGAGGAGGGAGGGGGAAGAGAAAAAGCUGGAGAUGGAGAUGGAGAAGCCACCACCCAGGCUCUGCAGUGAUGGGAGAUGAAGGGCAAAAUGGAGCAAAUCUGACAAAUGGAAAUGGAGCAUCCUGCUGUGAGCUCGCCACGAAUAGAUGCCACACACACACACACACACACACACACACACACCACACACGCGAUUGAUGCAACAUGUGCCUAUGACUACUGUGAACACACAUGGACGUGACAGGCAAGAUCAGAGGUAGCAGUUAAAAAGAAGCCGCUGUAGCAGGAGACUGUGUCGGCCAGU